AGACCUGUUAUUAUCGGUGACGUACCCAAUCGAUUACCUCCUGCAGCCGGUCGCACCGUCAAUUCAGCCGACCUAAGAACCGGUAUCGCCGGUAUCAAAAUAAUUGCUGAUCUCUUCCCAGAGAUUCUCAAGUCUCUCUUCUGGGAAGAUAGAGAAAUCUCAUCAUCAAUCUCUCUCCCGGAUCCCCUUCCUUCCUAUUCGUAUCGUCUCUUCAUAGUUUUAUUGGGUCAUUGGAGAUUCUUUUGGUUGAGGAUGGCUAACAAAGAGGAUCAUGAGGAGCAUCCUCCUCGUGGCAAUGAAUGGGAAGUCGUCUCCCUUACUUCAUCAGCUUACGCUGCUUUUCCUGGUCCGUUUAACGUUGGGUCAAGAGAUGUUCGCAAGUACGAUGCUUACUAUGGAGCAGAGACUUCACGUGAUCUGUACAUGUCUGAACACUUCGUAUUCCCACCUAGCGAGCAUGAGAAUUUACCUAUUGAUGAACAUUUAUUCGAGGAGGAGCAAGGAAAGGAUGGCCAAGACUUGUUGCUGCGAGGUCAGGGAUUGUCUGAUCAGUUUCAUUAUGAAGCUGGAGACAACCAACAGAGUAUCUAUGGUGAAUCUGCUCUUGGCUCGUCUAGACACAUGGAGUCAGUCGGAAGUGAAUCAGCCAUGUACGAACACGGGUUACUUGAUGCCGAGGCGAAUGAUUAUGCAGAAGGAAACUUAGAUCUCCAUUCUGAUGCCGAAAAGGAUGAUGCCAAAAGAUCAGCAGACAAACUUCCUUGUGAAGCUUGGUGGAGAAGGAGAGCUAUAUCUAUCUAUUCAGGCACAAGAGAAGCAAAUGCGAUAUGGUCCUUAUUCUUUGCCGCUGCGGUCACAGGACUCGUAGUUCUUGGUCAACGCUGGCAACAAGAGAGGUGGCAGGUUUUGCAACUCAAGUGGCAAUCAAGCAUCAGUAGUGAGAAGCUGAGCAGCCUACUCGAACCUCUCUCUCGCUUGAAAGAUAUGAUCGUGAGAAGUAACCCACAAGCUUCUCUCGUAAGGAGUGGCCCGUCCAGUGAGAUCUAAAGUAUGAUAAACUGAAAGAGACAAAAAGGCCAAUUUACCAUUUGUAUCUCACAAGAGCUUCAUAGGUAACUACAAGACUUGGUAUUGAGUUCCCAUAUGUGUGCCUGAUUGUCAAAAGCAUUUUGCUUUCUAAAGAGCCUAUGUUGCUUCAUUAUCUUGUAUCAUUAGAAUGGAGAUCCAAAUGCCUUUUUACAAUACAAAGCUUUCUCUUUAGGUGUCAAGCGCUUGUGAUAGUGUGGAAACUGGAAAUAUAUACACACUUUUAUGAUUUUUUUGUUUUUGUUUUGGUAA